UAGUAGCUGGCACCAGCUCUGCACGACAAUCUGAGAUAUUUAUGCACGAGCAUGCCCAAACGAAUUUAGAUUGCUGCUUCAUGAAGUGCUGCCUUGUUCUGUUUUGUCACUUGUUCUGUUUGAACAAAACAUCUUUAAAAAUGCAUCCAGAGCUCGUGGAAUGUUCGUCUUAAUAGGUUAUGGCCCAAAUUCUAAAAGACAUGGGAAUAACAGAAUAUGAGCCCAGAGUUAUCAACCAGAUGCUGGAAUUCACAUAUAGUAAGAUAUGUGACAACAAUACUUGAAGAUGCAAAGAUCUACUCAAGUCAUGCGAAGAAGAACAAUAUUGAUGCAGAUGAUGUUAGGCUAGCGAUCCAAUGCAGGACAGACCAGUCAUUCACUUCUCCUCCUCCCAGAGAUUUUUUACUAGAUAUUGCAAGACAAAAGAACCAGACACCACUGCCACUAAUAAAACCUUAUGCUGGACCCCGACUGCCACCAGACAGAUAUUGCUUAACAGCACCAAAUUAUCGUCUUAAAUCAAUACAAAAGAAGAUUUCAUCUUCUACAGGAAGAAUCACGGUACCAAGAUUAAGUGUUGGGGCAAUGAGUAGCAGGCCCAGCACCCCAACACUAGGAACUCCUUCUGCACAGACUGUAUCUGUUUCAAAAGUCGGCACUCCUGUAUCUCUUGCUGGUCAGCGAUUUACUGUACAGAUCCCAACCUCUCAGACAACAGUGAAAACAGCUGCUCCUACUACUCCUACAGUUCAAAAUGUUCUCAUCAACCCCUCAUUAAUUGGCACCAAAAACAUCCUCAUUACGACAAACAUGGUUUCAUCACAGAAUUCGACAAACGAUUCCAACUCAUUGAAGCGGAAACAUGAAGAUGACGAGGAUUAUGAUGCAAUGUAAUUUGGUUUUGUUGAAACCACAUACUGUGAAUUAAAACAAAGACUUUUUAUUUUAUAAUCACAGGUUUCUUUUUCUUUCUUUUUUUUUUAAGAUGACAAAUUGAAAUAGCCUAAACUGUAUUUACAUAAAAGUGGAUAGUUAUUUUGGAGGAACAAAAACUAAAUUGAAGAAAAGAACAUGUAUACGUUUUAUACUUUUUAUUUUCUUUGUGAUGUUUUAAAAAGAACAGAAAUAAGAAAAUGAUUCCAUUUCUUCUGCCUAUGUGUUGACACGUUUGAAUAUAUUUAGACUGGAGUUCUGAUUACAUUGAAUUACCUAAUAAAAUUCUCUAAUAAAGUGCAUGUUUUAUUAUAUGCAGCAUAGCUGGGUUUUAAAUAUGAGUUCUUGUGAAGGUAAAAUAUGGUAUAUAGUUACACUGAGAGAUGCUUCUUUUUAUGAUUAUAUUUAUGGUUGGGAAGUAAAAUUCAUGACUGCCUAACAAACCAAUGACUACAAAGAAACAUUUUAUUAUUUUAACACAUUUGAAACAAAGCUUUUUUUAAUUUUUAUUAUUACUUACUGCAUUAAAAGUCAGGCAUCCAAGAAAUAUUAGGGUGAGAUGUUCGGUCUAUGUUCUUUUAUUUGUGUGCAUUUUGCAGUAGCAUUUAAUCUAGCAAGGGAACCCAUACAUUACAGGGCUCACUAAAGGUAGUCUGCCACAAUACUAUAUGUGAAAAAUAUACUACCAAUUUGUACCAAGACAAACAAUAUAUUGGUGUGUGGUGUACCUAGCGCCACUGUUCUAGUUAAAUGUAUCCAACCUUCAAGACAUUAUCUGAUAACGUUAAAUUUCACAUUUAAUUAAAAUUGAUAUAAUAAAAACACCAAAUCAAAGUGAAGUUUGGGAGAUGACUUCAAUCAUUUCAGGCUGUAAUCUAUUGCUCAAGGGGCAUUACAUCAAUUAUGCUUUGUAAAGUUAGUUGACCUAUUAUUGAAUUUAUUGUCCUUUAAUUUAUGUUCAGCUGUAUCUUCAUUUCUGAUAAUCUUCCCUCAAGGUGCAUGGCCUAACUAAAAACAUAGAUAAUUAUUGUGCUUUCUUAUACUAUGGUAAACAUUUGUUGGUUCUUAUAAUAUUUUAUCAAUUAAAUAUAUGAUAGUAUUUGUCAUUAGUCUUUGCCAAUGUGUUAGGAUACAGUAAUUGGUACAAUUCUGCAAAAUUAAGUUUAAUAAAUAAAAUAGUGGUUACCAA